CCCCCCGCCGGGGAGCUCCGGGGACCAAGUUCCAGGACCGGGCGGCGGCUGCGGACGCGUCCGCCUCCAGCUGGACCCGGGGACGCGGGGGGCCGAGGCGAAAACCAAGGCGCUCCCGCCGACAGACCGUUCCCGCGCGUGGCGCCUCGGCCGCCCCGUGGCGAUGGGGCCCGCCGGCAGCGAGGAACCCGGGCACUGAGGAGCCGGCGCGAUGGCUGCCGAGGCCGAGCUCCCUCCAGGCCCAGGACACAGCCGCCGGGGGGCCCGAGCUGCGUGAGGCUGGAGCUGCUCCCCUCGUUGAUUGUAAGGAUCCGGCCUUGGUGAUGAGACAUGGGGUAUGAUGUAACCCGCUUCCAGGGGGAUGUUGACGAGGACUUGAUCUGCCCCAUCUGCAGCGGGGUCCUGGAGGAACCUGUGCAGGCCCCACACUGCGAGCACGCCUUCUGCAAUGCCUGCAUCACGCAGUGGUUCUCGCAGCAGCAGACGUGCCCCGUGGACCGCAGCGUGGUGACCGUGGCCCACCUGCGCCCGGUGCCCCGGAUCAUGCGGAACAUGCUGUCCAAGCUGCACAUCGCAUGCGACAACGCCGCCUUCGGCUGCGCGGCGGUGGUGCGCCUGGACGCCCUCAUGGCCCACCUCGGCGACUGCGAGCACAACCCCAAGCGACCCGUCACCUGCGAGCAGGGCUGCGGCUUGGAGAUGCCCAAGGACGAGCUGCCCAACCACAACUGCAUCCAGCACCUGCGCUCCGUGGUGCAGCAGCAGCAGGGCCGCAUCGCCGAGCUGGAGAAGGCCUCGGCCGAGCACAAGCACCAGCUGGCGGAACAGAAGAGGGACAUCCAGCUGCUGAAGGCUUGCAUCCGGGCCAUCCGUAGCGUCAACCCCAACCUGCAGAACCUGGAGGAGACGAUCGAGUACAAUGAAAUCCUGGAGUGGGUGAACUCCCUGCAGCCGGCCCGCGUGACCCGCUGGGGGGGGAUGAUCUCCACGCCGGACGCCGUCCUCCAGGCUGUGAUCAAGCGCUCGCUGGUGGAGAGCGGCUGCCCGGCCUCUAUCGUCAACGAGCUGAUCGAGAACGCCCACGAGCGCAGCUGGCCCCAGGGCCUGGCCACCCUGGAGACGCGCCAGCUGAACCGGCGCUACUACGAGAACUACGUGGCCAAGCGCGUGCCCGGCAAACAGGCCGUCGUGGUCAUGGCCUGCGACAACCAACACAUGGGCGAGGACAUGGUGCAGGAGCCCGGGCUCGUCAUGAUCUUCGCGCACGGCGUCGAGGAGAUCUGAGCCCCGGGGUGGGGAGGGGGAUGUGCAGAGGGGAGAGAGCCCAUUGCCCCACCUCCCCCCCCGCCCUCCUCCUCCCCAGGCCAGAGCCAGCAGACUUGAAGCGCCGAUGCCACAGUACGGGAACGGGAAUGGAGCCAGGGGCGCACAGCUGUGGACACCCUCCCAACCCCUGCUGCCAAGGGGAGGGCGGUGGUCCCGCUGGGGCGACCGAUGCCAAAUACAAAUUGCUCAAGGGCCAGAGAGAGGGAUUCAGCCAAGUGGGGACCCCCUCUUCCCCCGUGCUUGCCACAAAGGAGCCAGGCUGAGGGUGGGCCACAGUAGGGGAAGACAGGAACAGGCCUCUCCUGCCUGGCUCCAUCCCCUUACCCUUCCCCCCCCACACACACACGCACACACUCACACCCUUCCACCCCCACAUACCCACCCACCCACGUCGGGUGCGCGUGGUGUCUUUGUAAUUUUUCUGACUGUUGUCAUUUUGUCUGUUUCUUCUCCAUUUCUCCUUCCCUUAACUCCAACCCCCCAGCCCCGUCCACCGCGGUGCCCCUCAGCUCCCCCCUCCCCACCCAGGGUAGGGGUCAGUGUGCUGGGGUUUAAUUUAUUCAAUCUUUUUUUAAAAAAAAACAACAAAAAGCCACAAACUGCGCAUUUACAACCUUUUAUUCCACUGGUCCUGGCGCUGACCUGGUGUGGCUGAGCACCCCCUGCGUUCUGCCUCCUGCUGCAGAGUGGGCAGAGGCAAGUGGAGGGACUGGUUGCCCCCUCCCAGGCCACGACUGUGAGCAGCGUGCCCCCUACCCAAGAUGAAGCUGAGCCCCACGGGUCACCACAGCUAUCGUUUCCUUUAUCGUGGCCCAGUUCCCUAGCCUCAGGGCCCCGGGGAGAGAAACUUGGCGGUCCCAUUCUCCCCACCGCACCCCGGCUCCCGUGGUCUAGCCUCCUCGAUCCCACUCCAUUCCUGGGCUCCAAGAUCUGGGCAGACCCAGCCUCCCUCCCGCUCCCCUCUCCCCCAGACCUGAAUUACUGCCUGGGGAGGGUCCCCGGGGGGUGGGGGGAGGAGGCAGCGCCCCUCCUUUGUGCUCAGGAAUUAACAAAUGUUGCUGCUGCCACUGCUGCUGUCAACCUAGUUCUGGACAUGUUCAGCUUCUCUCCAGCUCCUCUCGCUCUGUCCCUCCCCUGCCGGACACUGGGCCCUGGGCAGCUGGCUGCGCUUGGGGGCGAGUGGGCGGGCGGGCUGCUAGCCACUCUGCGUGUGUGCAUGUGUGCGCGGUGUGUGUGCUGUGGGCGCUCCGUCCCUCCGUGGUGACUGCUGCACUAAUAAACCUUCUCCAGUCCCU